AUGAUUGAUUUAAAUGAAUAUCGAUUUAACUUGAUCGAAUGGAGACUUGACCUAAGGAGCGCAUCUUUAUCCGACGUUCCAUACAGAGUCGGGGCUGAAAACCUAGUUGCCGGACUUCGCCGGAAAAUCGAAGGCGGUACGUGGGAAAAGAUGCUAAGAGACGAAGACGAAGAUGCGCCGGAGGAGCUCACUUCGGAGCAAGGCUUAAAGCAAGAUGAACAAAUAAGAAAAAUUCUGAGAGAGAAUAAGAUAAGGGUGGCUCAGCAAGGUAAAGAGAGGAGGCGGCAAUGGGCGCAAAGAAAAAUUCAGUCUAAAUCAGACAAGGAGAGUGUACCAGUAGCAGAAAUGGAAGCCCCACCUAUUCCUGAAAUGCUUCCGAGUAAUAUAGUUGAUCUCCUCGUAGCCCGUGAAAAGCAAACCUUCCCUUCUGACUCCGAGGAAGAAGCGGCGGUGAAUCAUAAACCCACUAAAUCGAAGAAAAAACGCAAAUCCUCUGGGCCUGAAACCGUUCUCCUGGAGAAAAUACCUCCCGCCCAGUGCUUGGCGAACUCCAUGGAUUUCCUCAAGAGGAGAAAAAUGAAGGUUUCCAGGUCCCAUUCUGUGCUAAUAAAUGCCAGACAGGCUCUGCGUCUCCUAUCCACGCCUGGAAAUUUACUCGGCAGAGGUUAAUUAUGUAGCAGUAAGUGAGGGCAGAGUUCAUGUGAUAGGUACCGCUCAGCUUUAUUUCUCUUCUCCCUUUUUGUUUCGACUUAGAAAGCAUAUAAUUUAAUGUUUAGGAGAGCAUCCAUUGCCUUCAUUGAGCUGAAGAUGGAGCUUUAUUUAAUGCAUGAAGCUUUUUAAUGUCUGAUCUACAAUUAUUUCUUUUUUAUGAAAGUAGUUUGUGGUUUGUUUGGAUUCUGAUUCUGGACUUGGAAGAUUUUGCAUACAUACCCAUUCAAUUCUUAUCUAUUUUCAUA